AUGUCAACAAGUGUUGAAACACGAAUUGCAGCCCUUGCCUCGAGGUAUACAUCUAUCGAGAAGAGUAUUGAAGAGCUGCACAAAGCGUUAAAACGUAUCACUACUUCUAAUGAUAAUAAUAAUAACAAUAAUAAUAAUACCGCCACUCCAGCAGCAGCAGCAGCAGUAUCAACAUCACGGUAUCGUGAUCCGUGUGAAUUAAAAGAACUGCAGCCGUGUGAGCGGGAUACCCCACAAGUAGCGGCAUUACGACAGUGGUGUUUAAAACAUCAUCUCUACAGUGCCGUUUUCCGUUGGGUUCCAUCCGAUUAUUAUCAACACUCACUACAAUGGCGCCGUGAUAUUCUCGAGGCUAAUUCUAUUCAACAUCUAUGUAAGUCUAUUGUACUGGAAAAUACACAUUGUAUUCAUAAAGAUUGCAGUCACCGUGAGAACUCACGUUAUUAUAUCAUUGUUUACCCUUAUACAGAGAAAUUUGAUGCUGAAUUCGUUAUGCGUUGUGUAAAAGAUAUGAAUGAGGGAUUGGGAAAAAAGAAAUUUAAUUUUCGCCUUGCAGAUCCUGAAGUAUCUCUGCAUUUGACAGGAUUCUCACAUGGUGCUGUAGCUCCAUUUGGUACAACCACUGAAAUUCCAGUUAUUUUAAGUGAUCGCAUUACACAAUUAUCACCGCCUGUAUUUUGGAUGGGUGGAGGUCAUGUGGAUUGUAAAGUACGCGUGGAUGUGGAAGAGUUUCUGGAGGUUGUGAAACCCAUUGUUGCGGCUAUCACUACUCCACUAACAGCGGAGGAGUUGGAACACCUGGUGGAUUAG